UCAUUAUUUCAUAUAUGCACUGAGCUAUGCCUUGUACAAACCUAAGAGAACGCCAGACUCAGGGGUAGGGAGGUCCCCUGUGCUAGUAGCUGCAUGAAAAUGCACAAAGCUAAAAAAAGAGAGAGAGCUUGCAUGGACCCAUUUCAAUAUGUAAAGUUACAAGAUGUUAAACCUUUUGUUUUGUUUUGUUUUAUUGGCCUUGCUCUCUCUUUCUUGCUAUGUCCUGCCUUUAAAUAGAACAAACCCACUUCUUCCGCGCCAAGUUAAAGAAAAAAAAAACCACCUAAUCAGUUGCGCUGCCGUUUUCUAUCUUCUGUUCUUUUACUUUGCUUAAGUGAGAGUCCAUAUCCAUAUUGAUCAUCGUCUUCUCAGUCCCAACAUGGUUGUUUUGAUUUACUCUUCAUUCCCUUCUUUGAACACCCUGCCAAUUUCCUUGAGUGGGAAGUUAUAGGAGAAAGAGAGGAACAGAUAUGGUGUGUGGCCGUAGGGUUUUCAGGGCUCUGUUUGGAGCUCUCGUAUUCGUGGGCGUCAUUUGGCUUUCGACGGUUGGAAUCAUAGCAAACCGUGCAAAUAAAACAUCGACUAUAACGGCAAGGUCAACUGAAAUCUUCAGGUUUUGGAAGCUGAUUGGGAGAGAGAAGCAUACUGCUCAUCGGUACUCCGAUCUUAAUUACGUGAGCAGGAGAAGAGUGCCCCAUGGACCUGAUCCCAUUCACAACAGGAGAGCAGGGAAGACUAAACGGCCGCCUGGUAGAGCCUAAGGGAGUGAGAACUGAGAAGCAUCAGCAAUUGUCAGGAGGGGAAUGUGCAGGAGACUGUUAGAUUUAUGAUUCCUUAAUUAUUAGGCCAUCCGGGUUGAAAUGUGUUGCCCUGAACACUAAUGCAAACUGCUAUGAUUGGUUGCGAGUGCCUAUAAAUAUUUGGAAAGUAUGUGCAAUUCAUUCAGUUUGCUAAUCAUUUUCUGCCAGCCUUAAAUUUCGGAACUUUUUGAUCGGUGAUUGGUCGAACA